UAUCAAUUUGUAAACAAACCCUGAAUUAUAUGUUAUUUGAAAACUGGAUUUUUCAUAACUGUUGGCGUCCGUCGGAGAAGAUGGCGGCGGCAGAGUUAAAAAGGAAUCAAGUUUUACAUGAAGAAAUUAAUAUUAAACAAGAUGCUUCAUCUUUUGAUUGUAAAAAAAAAAUCGAGAACUGUAGAUUUAGAAUACUCGACAUGAUAUUGUAUAUAUUUUCCAUUGGAAUUAUCCUGACAAAUAUCGUGACAGAUAUUUUUGUAACUACUGAAUAUUUUUUACGAGGAUGUCUCGUGUGGUUUUAUUUGGAAAUUGGUAUUUUAUUUAUACCAACAAGCCUAAUUCAAAUUCUCAGUUUAAAGUGGUAUAAUGAGGAUGGAAAUCUUAAAAAAAUACAUUGGAUAUCACAUUUUUUUUUAAUUGGAAUUUUAUACAGAUACGUAGUGUUACUGAAAGAAAUGCUCAACAGUUUUAAUUCGAAAUAUUCUGCAAAGAGUAAAGCAUGGAUUUUAAAAAAUGAAAACAAUGUCUAUACGUUACAUUUAUUUGUAUCCUUUGUGGUCUCUGUUCCACAACUAAUAUUUCAACUUUAUCUUUUGGCGAUACAACAAAGUGUGCCUUUCUGGACUGGUGCAUCCGUUGCAACAUCGCUUUGUUCUUUAACAUGGACCACAGCAGGAUAUAUAAAAUUUAAACUUGGUACUCAUUGGAGUCACCAAAAAUCAAAAUGGUCAGCGCUAAUUGUUCAACUUUGUUGGCGAGGUGGUUUACUCGCUUCAAGAAUCACGGCUUUAGUUUUGGCUGCAUUUUGUUUAGAAAGAUGGCUUUUUGUUUUUUUAGGUAUUCACAGCAUAAUUAUGACCGUUUGGAUUACAUUGCAAAAUAUUCCCUCACGAAAAUUAUGCGAGAAAUACACUUUUAAUUAUAUACUGGGUUUAAUCUAUUUUUUCGAUAUUUUCCUCGUUAAUGGCGAUUACCUUUGGUAUCGAAUUUGUGCUUAUUACGUUUUAAUAAUGAUUCAAAACGUAACACUUUUGAUUGUUUACACUUUUUACAUACAAGAAACACUCAAUACAAAUGUUUUUGUUAUUUCAUAUAUUUUAAUUCUCGGUGGCUCAUUCUUUGGAUUAGGAAGUAUGCUUCUCUAUUAUCGUAAAUUUAAUUACGAUAAAGUAUUUAAAGAAAGUUUACAACUUUCAAAAUAUGUUGAUAUAUUUAAAGAUAAGAAAAAUUUACAAUCUGAUACAAUAGAUGAAUCUCAAGCGACGUUACCCGAUAUUUCACCGUCAAUUGCACUUUCCGAGGAAGUUGUCACGGCAGAUAAAAAAUCAUUAUUAACCAAUAUUGAACAAAACACUGAAACAAUAGAGAGGGGAAUUCUCAAUUCAAGUUUUGUACAGUCAGACGAUACCGAAGAAAUACCACAAGUAAUAAUUGAAAGUAAAAAAAUUGAUUCACCUAAUUGUUCAUUAAAAAAAUAUGAGGCAAAAAUUGACGAGAUUUUCGAAACAAUGAAAACUGAUUUGAAAAUUCAACAAGAAAUUGCUCCAACUACUAGUAUUUCACGUGAAAAUAGUGAUAAAAGAAGAGGAAUUUGUUCUUUGACUCAAUUAGUGACCGAUAUUGAUAAUUAUGUAGAGAAAACAUUUUCCCUUUCGUCAUACGAGGAUAAACAUAAACUCAAAGGCUUCAAAGUUGUACCAUUAGCUCAAGAUGAUUCAAGUGAUAUUUACGUUAUACCCGAGAAUAUAAAAGUUCGACAAAGAAUGAAUACUCCAGUGAUUACGGAAAUAAAUGAAGUUACUGAUGAUAGUAGUGAAAAAACAAAUUCACAAAAAGACGAAACAAUGAGUCAAAUAACUUCAAUUCAUGAUUAUGAAAAUCUUUGUCCAUUGGGAGUGGCACGUCCACCAUGGUGUAUUCGAAGUUGGAAAGGUUACACCGACAUUGAAACAUAUAUUCACGAUGAUAGUAUUGUACGAGAUAGAAGACGAGAUACUCUAACGAGUACAGCAACGGCCACAACAUUAAGUUCCGAUUUUUCCGAUGGCACUUAUUCAAAUUCACCAUUCAAGAGAAUUAUGAAAAAUUCCCGACAGGAUGAUUAUUUAGAUACACUUGUCUACGAUUUAGUUGAUUGGGAAUCAAAUGUUUUCAAUGAAGACGAUUCAAUGCAAAAAUUUCAAACUAACGAGGAAUCAAAUUUAUUUGCUGCAAAACCAAUUGUCAUUGAUGAACGAGGUGGAAUGUUGGCGUUAGAUACAAUUAUGGAAGAACACGAAGAAUUGACAAGUAAUUCCGAUAAUAGUAUCAAUUCAAAAACUGCCGCCGUCAGUUCACUUGUCGCUACAAUUGAUGAAAUUAGAAAAUACGCCGUCGAAAAUUCACCCCGUCAUAUUUAUCAUCGUACCGAAAAACAAUAUGAAGAUUUAAGUCAUUGUAUUCUUAUGAAAAAAAAUCAUACAAAAACAAUAAAUAAUUGUAUUAAUGAAAAUCCAUGGAAUUUGCUAUUUAUUAAUAGAGAUGAAAAUUCUUUGGAUAUUUCGAGUAUUUGCUCAAGAGUAUCAAUGGGAAAGACUCCAUUGAUAAGUGCCAUUUUAUCGGAUUCACCGGUUCUUGAACCACGUACAAAAACCGAAAAAUAUACAAAAGAAGAUGAAAUUAAUUUACCAGAUGACAAUAAUGUUUAUGUGGAAAUGAAAGCAUUAAAAGCGGAGAAUUUCAAUAAUUUCUACAAGGAACUAAAUGAUUCACUAUGCGAAGUAAUUAAGGAACAAGCAAAUAAAAAUAAAGAAGAAGAAGAAGAAGAAGUACAUCAUUCAAAUUCCGAAGGUGAAAUUAUUCCAAAAACACGUGAAUUGGAAAAUUUUCAUAGUUCGAUGAAAAAGAAUGAAAUUAAAUUAGAUUCAUUGCCAAUUGGAAAUUUAUCAUCAAAAUUAAAUAGUCCUCGUGUUGGUGGUACAAGUUCAUUGUCAAAUGAAAAACGACGAAAAUCGAUUUGUCGACCAAGAAGAAAAUUCUCCUUAUUACGUGAGAAAUUUGAAGUAAAAUCAAAACCAGUUUUAAAUCAAUCAAUUUUAAUGGCAAACAAGGGAAUUUUAAGAGAUUUGAAUAUUUAUGAUGAUUAUGAUGAUGAUGAUGAAGAUGAUGAUGUGAUUACCACUUAUGAAAAGGAGAAUUUACCAGAUUGCAAAAAUGACGAUGAUAAAGAACAUAUUGAGGAUGUUAGAUGUAAUUUAAAAGAGAGGAGAAGUCUUUUUUUAAAGCAAGUAUUGUCACCACCCAAAUUUCCCAAUUGGAGUAGAAAAAAAGUUUUUAAUCCAAGCGAUGAAAUCAUUCCUAAGGCACUUUAAAGUGUGAUAUAUAUAUUAUAAUAAAAAAUUCUGGUAUUAUUUACAUUUUAUAAAUAUAAAAUGUAAUGAUCUCAUGAUAUUACGUACAUCUAAGUCUAUCAUAGAAUAUUUUUUUAAUAUCGCGUCUAGUAUUAUAAGUGCCUUCAACGAACAAACAAAAUAUCAAAUACAAAACGAUAUUAAUACAAUUGAUUUGAAUUUAUUAUUCAAAAUUGAUACAAAUAUUUUGGUUUUAUAAUUCAAUUUUUUUGCUGUCAAUCUCUUUUAAAAAGUUUUAAACUUUUGUUUUUAAAAUCAUGAUUUUAAAUAUUAACAAAAACCACAAAAUUACAUUAAAUAUAAUUAUCUUUUAAAAUUUGUAUCAAUUUUGAAGAUGACAUAAAAAAAAAAUGAUUAAAUUCUACAGUAUUAUUUAUAGGAUGUGACAAAAUCUAUUAUGUUUUAUAAAAUAGAUUUUCAGUUCUUUGCGUGUACAUAGUUUUUUGUAACUUUUAUACAAAUUUUUUUUUAUAUAUGUACUUAUAAAACUUUUAUUUCUAUUUUUUUUAUGAAGAAUUUUUAUUUUACCUAUGUAAACAUUUUAUUUUUUAAAAGCAAGUGUUAGGUAUGUGAAAGAGAACGAAAGGAAAAAAAAAUUACAAAUAUAGAAGUAAAAAUAAAUGGAAGAGGAUUUUGACUUUUUUUUCUCUUGUUUUCUUUCACUUUUUCUGUGUUAAACUUGUACUUUUGUUUUUUUUUUUUAUUACCAUUUUCUUUUGCAGUGCUGCAAAAGAGUUUCAAUUUAUUAUACUUGCUAUAAAGACAUGUGAUUUUUUUAGUCUUCCAGAGAAAGAUUUAUGCAUUUCUCAAACACUGCUUUUAUACAUUAAAAUAUAAUAAAAAAAUUUUGUAUCAA